CCCGGCACAAGAGUUCUUUCAUAAUUACCGAAUGAACAAGCCCAUGGCUUUGUACUUGUGCCGGGAGUUGGAAGGUGCGUUGGCUCCCCGACAGUCGCAUGGACUCCCUGUCCACAUAAAGGUGCUGGUAGCGGUCAAAUUUAUGGCCGGUGGGAGCUAUCAGCGAGAGGUUGGACAAGACCAUACGCUGUGCGUUGCACAGAGAACGGCCUCUAAAUACCUGACCCAGGUGAUAGCCGCUAUAAAUAGAAGCCUCAAACCCAAAUGGAUUACGUUCCCGGGUAACGAGAGGGAAAGAAGAGACGUCGCGGCAGCAUUUGAAGCGAAAUAUGGCUUACCAGAUCUUCUGGGAACGCUGGACUGCACGCACGUCUCCAUCUUUCCCCCUCCGCGUCCGCACGGCCUGCAGUACAUCAACCGCAAAGGAAAGCAUACAAUCAACGUGCAGUUGAUUGCUGAUGUAAACUGCAGGCUGCUGCACGUAAAUGCGCAGUACCCGGGAAGGAGAUUCAGGUUAUGGAUUGGAGCCAUGGCUUAUGACUCCAAUACUCCACGCUGCGCCGGGGUCUGCGGAGGAGCGCUACACGACAUGGCACUGCAGUGUCCGCAACACCAUCGAGCGGACCAACGGCUAUUUAAAAGGGACACUGCGAUGCCUUGGGUGGAAAUGGGCGAAGUCGAUGCAGAGUUACCCGUCGACCACCACAGGCCGGAGCCUAUACCUCAGGCGGCCUUAUAUCAGGCUGCCGUGCUAAAACGGGGACAAAUCAUUAAUACUUACUUUAAUUGA